UGGGCAGGACACGCACCUGUGGGCACGGUUUGUCCUCCCCCAAGCAGGACGCGUCCCCCACGGGCAGGACAGGUCCCCAGUGGGUAGGACACGUCCCCCCCCAGCAGGGCACAUCCCCCAUGGGCAGGGCAUGUCCCUGUAGGUAGGACGUGUCCCCAUGGACAGGACAUGUCCCUGGGAAGCAUCACCUGGUGCCGGGCUGGACGAGGACGCUGAUCCCGGCUCCCCGUGGCUCCCCCACCCACGCAGCCCCCCGUCCCCUGUCCCGCAGGUCUCCCCCGCGCCGCUGAGCCAUGCGGGAUCGCCCGGCCCCCUCCCCGCCAGAGCCAUGAGCGGCUGCCGCUACAAUGGGGGGGUGACACGGCCCCGGGGCCCCCUGAGCGCCUCUGCCCGCUCCCUGCACACGCUCGAGGGGGAGACCCAGCCCCUGCGGCCCUGCCCGUCCCCCGGCCUCGAGGUGGUGGUGUCGCGGCCGGAGCAGCCCGGGGGUCCUGAGCCUGGCCCAGCGGCGGCCCCGGGGCAGGAUGCGGCCGAGGAGCGGGGAGGGGAACCCCGGAGGAACCAGAACAUCGGGUACAAGCUGGGCCACCGGCGAGCCCUCUUCGAGAAGCGGAAGCGCCUCAGCGAUUACGCCCUGAUCUUCGGCAUGUUCGGCAUCGUGGUCAUGGUCACGGAGACGGAGCUGUCCUGGGGGGUCUACACCAAGGAGUCGUCGUAUUCGUUUGCACUGAAAUGCCUUAUCAGCCUCUCGACCCUCAUCCUCCUGGGGCUCAUCGUCAUGUACCACGCCAGGGAGAUCCAGCUGUUCAUGGUGGACAACGGCGCCGACGACUGGCGCAUCGCCAUGACCUACGAGCGCAUCUUCUUCAUCGCGCUGGAGCUCAUCGUGUGCGCCAUCCACCCCAUCCCCGGGCAGUACCUGUUCACCUGGACCGCCCGCCUGGCCUUCACCUACGCCGCCUCCGUGGCCGACGCCGACGUGGACAUCAUCCUGUCCAUCCCCAUGUUCCUGCGGCUCUACCUGAUCGGGCGCGUGAUGCUCCUGCACAGCAAGCUCUUCACCGACGCCUCGUCCCGCAGCAUCGGGGCCCUCAACAAGAUCAACUUCAACACCCGCUUCGUCAUGAAGACCCUCAUGACCAUCUGCCCCGGCACCGUCCUGCUGGUGUUCAGCAUCUCCUCCUGGAUCAUCGCCGCCUGGACCGUCCGCGUGUGCGAGAGGUACCACGACAAGCAGGAGGUGACCAGCAACUUCCUGGGGGCGAUGUGGCUGAUCUCCAUCACCUUCCUGUCCAUCGGCUACGGGGACAUGGUGCCGCACACCUACUGCGGGAAGGGCGUGUGCCUGCUCACCGGCAUCAUGGGCGCCGGCUGCACCGCGCUGGUCGUGGCCGUGGUGGCCCGAAAACUGGAGCUCACCAAAGCGGAGAAACACGUCCACAACUUCAUGAUGGACACGCAGCUCACGAAGCGGGUGAAAAAUGCUGCUGCCAACGUACUCAGGGAAACGUGGCUCAUCUACAAACACACCAAGCUGGUGAAGAAGAUCGACCAUGCCAAAGUUCGGAAACACCAGCGUAAGUUCCUCCAAGCCAUCCAUCAGCUGAGGAGUGUGAAGAUGGAGCAGCGGAAGCUCAACGACCAGGCCAACACUCUGGUGGACCUGGCGAAGACCCAGAACAUCAUGUACGACAUGGUCUCGGAGCUGCAGGAGCGCCACGAGGACCUGGAGAAGCGCCUGGGAGCACUGGAGAGCAAACUGGAGGCGCUGGGGCUGAGCCUGCUGGCCCUGCCCGGGCUGGUCAGCCAGGCCCUGGGCCAGCAGCAGAGGGAGCUCCUGGGGGCUUGGCCCCCCCGGCUCUGCUCGGCCACAGCCCCCUGCACCCCCACCCACGCCCCCCGCGCCCCUGCCGGUGCCCCCCUGCCUCUGACAGCGGGUGAUGGGGAGGGGGGUGCUGGGGGUGCCCUUUUACAGCCUCCUCCACCUCCUUGGACAGCGGGUCAUGGGAGGGGGUUUAUGGGGGCACCCACAGGCCCCCCUUUGUCGCCCCCCCACCUCCUCAGACAGCGGUUGGUAGGGAGGGGGGUGUGUGUGGGGGGCACAGGUCCCCCCAUGUCACCCCUCUCCCACCUCCUCGGACAGCGGGUGAUGGGGGGGUGUUGGGGGGGCCCCUCUUAUGUCUGGCCAUCGUGUGGCUGAUUUCAGUAGCUUUGUUCUGUAAAGCCCUGUAUAAAUUU